GAGAGAGAGAGAGAGAGAGAGAGAGAGACAGAGAGGGAGAGACAGAGAGAGAGACAGAGACAGAGAGACAGAGAGAGAGAGAGAGAGAGAGAGAGAGAGAGAUAGAUCGUUCCGAAUCGCGUUGGUGAUUUGUGAAGCUGGUCUGGUCUGGAUUGGAGCUGUUAUCAAUGGACAAAUGGAGAAGUAGAAGCCGACAUGAACAGGGUUGUAAGGGAGGUGGACUGACUUUCUUCUCCUCUCCAACACAUGUAGCGACAGUAUUACCGACAUGGAGCUGUGAACACACCGGGCUGCUGCUCUCAGUCGGAUCCAGAGCGAAGCUUGAGCUCCAUCGAACAAACCGACACAUGAGGAAAACAAGCGACCGGACUGAUGGAGAGGCUUGUUUGAGCUUUCUGUGGACAUAUUGGAACAAAAUGACCAAAAUACGAGAUAAUGAUAAUAGAAAACUACAAAUGGAUGAGGAGAAGUUAUCAGCGGCUACGUUGGAAUCCGUGAAACCAACAGUUACAGGCUGCAAUCUGAAUGGAUGUGUGUGAGAUGAGGGAUGACUUCUGUUGUGCUGUUUUUGUGCUUCAACUAUGGACUGGUCUGUUAGCACAGCCCUGUGGGGCAGCAGUGGCAGCAACUCCACAGCUGACACCCCUGGUCCUAGUUUCUCCACCCAGCUGGCCACUGCCUCACCUGUCGUGCCAAGGGUUGUUUCCAUAGUGACCAGCCUAGUGACUGCCACCACAGAGACCACAGUGGGAAACACAGGAGACAUAUCGACGUUCAGAGGCAGCGAGCUCAGUCAGAUCCAACAGGCGUCGACCCCGUCGGUGCUAAGCGCCGCUGAGAGUAACUCUGUCCUGCAGGGCAUUACAGUGGCAACUCAGGCCCUGGUACUGCUCUGCAUCUUCCUCCUCUCCAGCCUCGGUAACUCGGCAGUUGUCAUCGUCAUCAUCAAACACAGACAGCUUCGAACGGUGACCAAUGCUUUCAUCAUGUCGCUGUCGUUGUCAGACUUCCUCACAGCUGUUUUGUGUCUGCCGUUCUCCUUCGUCAUGCUCUUCAGUAAGGACGGUAUCUGGAUGUUUGGGGAUGGUUUCUGUGUAGCCAAUGGCUUUUUCAACACCUGCUUUGGUAUCAUCUCCACCCUGACUAUGACUUUGAUCUCCUUUGACAGGUACUACGCCAUAGUCAGACAGCCACAGGCUAAAAUAGGGCGCCAGAAAGCCACUCAGCUGUUGAUAGCUGUGUGGCUAGCUGCAGUCGUUUUCUCUCUGCCCUGGUAUUUGUUAGUGCCAACACCUCCAGAAAUCCAUAAGAGAGGUUUCUACCACUGUAUGUAUGUGUUCCACUCUGGGACCUCCCGCAUGGGGACUGCUUAUAGCAUCUGCCUUAUCGUCAUAUGUUAUUUACUGCCCUUUUCCCUCAUGUGUUUUUGUCAUUAUAACAUCUGUAAGACAGUUCGUCUCUCUGAAAUCCGAGUCAGGCCAGUGACCACAUACGCAUACUUACUGCGAUUCUACAGUGAAAUGCGAACAGCCACCACAGUUCUGAUUAUGAUUGUUUUCAUUAUUUUUUGUUGGGGGCCAUAUUGUUUAAUGGGGUUGGUUACAGCAUUAGGAGACUACACAUUCAACCCUGCAAUGGACACAGUGGCAAUCUGGCUAGCCUGGGCCAACGGAGCUAUCAACCCUCUGAUCUACGCCCUGAGGAACCCCAAUAUAUCCAUGUUAAUGGGGAGGAGCAGAGAGGAUGGCUAUCGGACCAGAAAUAUUGCUUCGUACCUCUCCAGCCAAACCCAGAACCGCGAGGUUCGGCUUAACGAAGCAGAGAGGAUAAGGGACCGCUACGUGACUCGUGUAGGGGUGAAUAAUAACAGCCGACUUUCAAGUUCAAGUCCUGGAAAAGGAGGAGGCGGAGGAGAAGUGGCAAUGUGGGCCUGUAAAAACCCUGCUGUGUUCUUCUGCAGGGACGCCCAGCCAGACGCAGCAACACUUUCCAACUCUGUCAGUGCUCCAAAGAUGAAGACGGCGGACACCAGCCUGUGACAUUCUGCAAGAAUGAUUGUUUUCAUCUUAUCUGUAUUUGUUGCUGUUGAUCCAGAGAUGGCGGUCACCAGUUUGUAACAUUUUUGGAAAUACCUGGUAUUAUGUAUGUCUAUUAUCUACAGAAAAAAAACACUCAGAAAUGUUUAGGAUGCAAACCACCAGGAAUCAAAAGGAUCAUUUGAGCUGUUCAUAUAUUUCUAUUAACUACUGUUUACACUGUGGCAAGACAAAAGUCAUGACAAUGAAAACUCAAUUCAAGCUGCUGUUUCACAGUACUGUUGUACAAUCCCCUCAGUGAUAAAGCUUGGGAGGGGAUGCAAAGCAUUUGUGUGGAAAACCAUGACAAGUUUGUGAUUGUGUUGCAAAGGUCUUAAUGUCAUUUCAUAUGUAAUUGCAGCAUGUGUAUAUGGAAAGCUGGCUCUAGCAUUUCCUUAAUCCUAAACCUUCCAUGCUUAAAACAUAUAUGUACUGUACCUGUCAUUUUCAGACUGUCCUCUCCAGAACACGUCAUUGUUUAAAUGCUUCAAACAACCUUCAGUACAACUUUCCAAAGAAGCAAAGGCCUGGUCACACCAGAAAAUGGUACAAUGAAUUUCAUUCACACUUUCUGGAGAAAAAGGUGAUACUGUAAGCCUGGUGACUAUUUGCAGGGCUGGCUGUCAGACUACUGUAGCUGGCGAGCUAACCACUAACAGCACUCAGAUAUCUCAGAUCUCCAAAGCUCGUGUCACCCAGCCAGCUUGUUCCCAUCCAGAGACGUUUGAACCAUCGACUGCUGUCUCAUAAACAAACCAUGCCUCUCGUAAAGCAGUCUAUACUCUGGCAGAGCAGUGUUAUAAUAAAGUGGAUGGUGCGACACAGCUAGUAGGCUAUGAUUGCUUCAUUUGUUUCGGACUGUGGCCUCUCAGUUCCCACAAAGUCAUCACUGACGAGACGGUUUGCAAUCAGUCAUCGGUGGAAUUACUAGUGAUUUUUGGAUACCUCACCCUCGGCCCUGCUGGUGUGACCAGGCCACUAUGGAGGUGGUUCUAGGUUUUCCCCAACAUUAACCAAAUAGUUUCUGUAGCCUAAAGUUAACCAAACUUUAGCUUUAGAGGUUGUAGACCAGAAACUGUGCAUAUGAACAGACUUAUGGGUUGUCUUGGACCGGCUGUUCUCAUUCUCUGUUUGUACCUACGAAAAGUAAUGCACUAUAAUUUGUUUAACCCACAUAAACCUGAGCCAAAGCUGCCUCUAAUAUCCUAUUUUCACUCAAAAUGAGUUCUGUUCGAAUUCCAUGCUGUUGCCAGUGUUGAUUCGACUUCUCUAAGAACCUGUUUGCUUUUCCACCGACUAGAGCUUGAGAGGCUCCACGUCAUGACAUCACCGUGUACGUUGAUGCUUUUCCCAACAACGCCAGCACAAAUUUCCCUCACAAUAACAAUGAUGGUGGACUGCUUUAGAGCUGUGCUGUCGUUGCUCUUUAUCUCACGAAGCAAGAUUGAAUAGCAAGCAUGACCAUGAGCAUCUCCAACAACUUUCUACUCUUUUUUGAGUUUUUUCAGCUUGUUACUAAUAUCUGGCCGUAGCCAUCUCACGCUGGAUUAGACAGCUACUCUCCUUAGAUGGACCCCUGCUUCACUUUAGCUGCAUCCAUCUUUGUUUGUGUAUGCUGUUGAAUAAAACUUGUGGUUUGUA